GCGCUGUGCGUGGUCAUCGCGUUGACCGCGUCGGCCAACUCGCUGCUCAUCGCGCUCAUCUGCACGCAGCCCGCGCUGCGCAACACGUCCAACUUCUUCCUGGUGUCGCUCUUCGCGUCCGACCUGAUGGUGGGGCUGGUGGUGAUGCCGCCGGCCAUGCUGAACGCGCUGUACGGGCGCUGGGUGCUGGCGCGCGGCCUCUGCCUGCUCUGGGCCGCCUUCGACGUGAUGUGCUGCAGCGCCUCCAUCCUCAACCUCUGCCUCAUCAGCCUGGACCGCUACCUGCUCAUCCUGUCGCCGCUGCGCUACAAGCUGCGCAUGACGCCCGCGCGCGCCCUGGCGCUCGUCCUGGGCGCCUGGACCCUCGCCGCGCUCGCCUCCUUCCUGCCGCUGCUGCUGGGCUGGCACGAGCGGGGCGCCGCGCGGGCCCCCGCCCCGGACCAGUGCCGCCUGCUGGCCAGCCUGCCCUUCGUCCUCGUGGCGUCGGGCCUCACCUUCUUCCUGCCCUCGGGCGCCAUCUGCUUCACCUACUGCAGGAUCCUGCUGGCCGCGCGCAAGCAGGCCCUGCAGGUGGCCUCCCUCUCCAGCGGCGCGGCGGCGGCGGCGGCGGGCCCGGCCUCGGAGACGCUGCAGGUGCCCAGGACCCCGCGCCCAGGGGUGGAGUCAGCUGACAGCAGGCGUCUGGCCACCAAGCACAGCAGGAAGGCGUUGAAGGCCAGCCUGACCCUGGGCAUCUUGCUGGGCAUGUUCUUUGUGACCUGGCUGCCCUUCUUUGUGACCAACAUAGCCCAGGCCGUGUGUGACUGCGUGUCCCCAGGCCUCUUUGAUGUCCUCACGUGGCUGGGUUACUGCAACAGCACCAUGAACCCCAUCAUCUACCCGCUCUUCAUGCGGGACUUCAAGCGGGCCCUGGGCAGGCUGCUGCCGUGUCCCCACUACCCCCGGGAGCACCGGGCCAGCGUGGCCUCACCCUCCAUGCGAACCUCCCACAGUGGUGCCCGGCCGGGCCUGAGCCUGCAGCACGUGCAGCCCCUGCCCCUGCCCCCGGACUCGGACUCGGACCCUGACUCAGGCUCAGGAGGCUGCUCAGGCCUCCAGCUCACGGCCCAGCUGCUGCUGCCGGGAGAGGCUACCCAGGACCCCCUGCCGCCCGCCAGGACUUCUGCCACCGUCAACUUCUUCAGCAUCGAUCCUGUGGAGCCCAAGCUGCGGCUGCAUCCGCUCGGUGCCCCCACGAACUGAUCUGGGCUUGUAGUUGGUCGGCGGGGACCUGGACUGGAAGGAACCAAGUCCCCGAGGCCUUGGGCCAGCUCUUAGCUGAGGCCAGGAGGCUGCUGGUCUCUUGGGAGCCCUCUGAACUCCAGUGGGACGCACUGAAUCAGCCCCCACUCUCCACUCCAGGUCCUCCACCUGGGGGUAAUAGCUGGCUUCAUAAUUUUCCCCAGGUGCUGCAUCGCUGGGUGUAGCUUGUGGCUGUGUGUAGAGAAUGGUUGGAGGGCUCUGGGAAGGGGAAAGGGCCUCUUGGUUCAGAUUAGGAUGGAGACAAGCCCUUUGACAUUGUCAGACCGCAGGGAUGGGUUGGUGCAGGGCCGAGUC